AUGGAUCCAGAAUUGUAUGCGGCAGGAGGAAUAACUCUUCUCUCAAUUGCAGGAAAGAUCCUCACAAGGGUUCAGUUAAAACAGUUAUUAGACAGCGUCAUAGAUGAUGCCCUCCCAGAAUCACAGUGUGCCAGUUCUGUGGAUGUGUAUGCCGAUCCUACAUCAGACUCUUCAACCAUGAGAGGACCCACAGAAGAUGAUGAAAUCACUCACAGCUUGAACAUACUUGAACAACGAGGAGUCUAUCGUGAACAUGCAACAAAGGCUAUCCGUUACACAACCCACUCACAAAUCGCCCCUCAUGAGAAUCAUCUAGGAAGAACAUUGGAACUACUGGAAUUAAGGGAUAAGGCAGCAGGACAAACAUUUGCUGAUAAUUUGGCUGAUCCACAAAGGGUAAAUCCAUUGCGGCUGUUUGUGAAGGAAAUUCAAAAGUCAAAACAGGACAUCACUGAUAAUUCACGUAUAAAAGCUUCAGAUGAUUUAUGGGCAUGGUUAAACAACCUAACAGAUAUUCGGGAAUCUCACUCACGGACCAAACGCAGACCCAUUGUUAAAACAGGAAAAUUCAAGAAAAUGUUUGGCUGGGGUGACUUCCAUUCCAACAUCAAAACUGUUAAGUUGAAUCUUCUCAUUACUGGAAAGAUAGUUGACCAUGGGAAUGGGACUUUCAGCGUCUACUUUAGACACAACUCGACUGGUCUUGGGAAUGUGUCUGUCAGCCUGGUUCCACCAUCCAAGGUUGUGGAGUUUGACUUCUCCCAGCAAUCAACGCUGGAGACCAAGGAGUCCAAAACAUUCAACUGUCGAAUUGAGUAUGAGAAAACAGACAGAGCAAAGAAGACUGCACUAUGUAAUUACGAUCCUUCAAAGGUGUGCUAUCAGGAGCAGACCCAAAGUCAUGUUUCCUGGUUAUGUUCCAAACCAUUCAAGGUUAUAUGCAUAUAUAUAGCUUUCUACAGUGUAGAUUAUAAACUUGUGCAGAAAGUUUGCCCUGAUUACAACUAUCAUAGUGAAACCCCUUAUUAUUCAUCUGGUUAACAGAAUACCCGUGGCUUAUGUUAUGUGAAGACUGCCAUUCUGUAUGUAACUUAU